AAAGCCACCGUGCGUGGCAGCACUCAGUUGCAGGACGCCACCGGGAACGCAUUCAACGAGUCUGUCUCACCACACCCACGCACCGCGUACAUUAAAACACGCACCCGAAAGCAGCGCAGAAGUCUGCCGUCGGAGGAAACGCCACUUGACACUUUGCGAUUUGGCGGAAGCGGAAGCUGAGGUGAGCCGUUGCCAUGGCACCCUUCCUGCGCAUCUCCUUCACCACAUAUGAUUUGGGUGAAUUGCCUCCUCAAUCUGAAGCCCCCAUUUGUGCCAUCAAGUUGAAGGAAUCCGUCAGCACGGAUCGAGGGAUGACACUGAUUCAGAAGAAGCCCACCAUGUAUCCGUCGUGGAAGUCCACUUUCGACGCUCAUAUUUACGAGGGUCGUGUUAUCGAAGUGGUUCUGAUGCAGAGCGCCGAGGUGGUCUUGGGCAAGGCGACCGUUGACGUGUCUGUACUCGCAGAACGCUGCAAGAAGCCCAAGACCAACGGGCGGGCUGAGUUCUGGUUGGACAUGAUCCCUUCUGGGAAGGUGUACAUUACUGUGCAGUAUUUCCUGGAGGACAGUGAUGCAGCUGCCAACCAGCCCUCUGUGAAAGUUGGUCCUCAGGAUGGACUCACGACCCUAAAUAAGAGGAGGGGAGCAUUCAAGCAGCCCAAGGUUCACCUCAUGAAGAGCCACGAGUUUGCUGCCACUUUUUUCCACCAGCCUACCUUCUGCUCUGUGUGCAGAGAGUUUCUCUGGGGACUCAACAAGCAAGGCUACAAGUGCAGACAAUGCAACGCAGCAAUUCACAAGAAAUGCAUCGAAAAGAUUAUGGGCAGGUGCACCGGAACUGCAGCGAACAGUCGUGACACGAUGUUCCAGAAAGAGCGCUUCAAGAUUGAUAUGCCACAUCGCUUCAAGUGCAAUACCUACAGAGGCCCCACCUUCUGUGACCACUGUGGCAGCCUGCUGUGGGGUCUCUACAAACAAGGCCUUAAAUGUGAAGAUUGUGCCAUGAACGUUCAUAGCUACUGUCAGAAGAAAGUGGCCAACAUGUGUGGGAUCAACCAGAAGCUACUGGCUGAAGCGCUCUCCUAUGUCUCACAGAAAUCUCUGAAGAAGUCUGAUAGCGCCAAUACACUAGAUAUCGGGAUCUACCAAGACAUCCGUGCACCAACACAUCCUACUGCUGAUAAGAACGGCAUAUCAGGUGACACCUCGAGUUCAGCCUUACCUUCUGUUAAGCGGUUACACCUCACCGUCGACCAUCUGGUCUUCCACAAGGUUCUGGGCAAAGGCAGCUUUGGCAAGGUGCUGCUGGCCGAGCUCAAGGGUAAGAACCAGUACUACGCCGUGAAGGUUCUCAAGAAAGAUGUGGUUCUCAUGGAUGACGACGUCGAGUGUACGAUGGUGGAGAAGAGAGUCCUUGCCCUCGCCUGGGAGAACCCCUUCCUCACACACCUUUAUUCCACGUUCCAGUCUAAAGAGCACCUCUUCUUUGUGAUGGAGUAUCUCAAUGGAGGCGACCUGAUGUUCCACAUCCAAGAAAAAGGCCGCUUCGAUUCAAUCCGAGCCACAUUCUACGCUGCUGAGAUCAUCGUGGGACUGCAGUUCCUCCACUCGAAAGGAAUCAUCUACAGGGAUCUGAAACUGGAUAACGUCAUGCUGGACAAGGACGGGCACAUUAAAAUUGCAGACUUUGGCAUGUGUAAGGAGAACGUCUAUGGAGAUGUUCGAGCCUCCACGUUCUGUGGGACACCAGACUAUAUUGCACCUGAGAUUCUCUUAGGGCAGAAGUACAGCUUCUCAGUGGACUGGUGGUCUUUUGGCGUACUGGUGUAUGAAAUGCUGAUUGGCCAGUCGCCUUUCCAAGGCGACGAUGAGGAUGAGCUGUUUGAGUCCAUCCGGUCGGACACCCCCCACUACCCUCGCUGGAUAAGCAAGGAGGCCAGGAAAUUGCUCGAACUGUUGUUUGAGCGAGAUCCCAAUCGUAGACUUGGCGUGGUAGGGGACAUCCGUGCACAGCCCUUCUUCAAAGCAAUCAACUGGUUCACUUUGGAGCGGAGAGAAGUGGAGCCCCCUUUCAAGCCCAAAGUGAAAUCCCCAAGUGACUGCAGCAACUUUGACAAAGAGUUCCUGAGUGAAAAGCCGCGACUCUCUCACACUGACAAGAACCUCAUCAACUCCAUGGAUCAGUCGGCCUUUUCUGGCUUUUCCUUUGUCAACCCCAAACUGGAAGAUUUGAUAAGCAAAAGAAAAGACUAACUGGUUGCACUUGGACCUCCAUCACUGACUUAGACUUUUGGCUAUAGGCCUAUUUUCUUUUAUCUUCAUGGUUGAAUUUUACUGAAUACCUCUGUCAGAGGGUACGAAAACACUCUAUACGUGUAAUUAAGGGACGUACUUCAACUACCAUUGAAACUAUAAUCGGAACUGAAGUUGUUAUUGUUUAACCAUGAAAUCACUCCUAACCCAAUCAUCUAUCAUCUUGAAAUUGAUUUUCAAAAACAAAACUGACUCCUACACACAAAUUCCACCACAUCCUGUGUCUCUAAAGAUCUAAAAAUAGCAAUACUACAAACAUCUUCAAUGUGUAACAAUUGUCCGGAUUAUUGUAUAAAAAAAAUCCACAUUCCAGGGAAUGACAUCACGAGUCACAUCCUGACUACCAGCACUGACUUUAAUCCUGGAGAGGCUGUAAACAAGAUAGCCAUUGUAAAUACAGAAAUGCCCCCAAAAAA